AUGUUUGCAUCUGUUGCUCUACUAUUGCUGUUGAUGUGGUUGCUUCUCUUGCUUCUCUUUCUGACACAAAGACCGAAAAUUUUCCCUCCAGGCCCCCGACCAAUCCCUGUCCUUGGAAACCUGCUGGAUCUCAAUCUGCAGAACCCCAUUGCUGAUCUGGAGAGGCUGGCUAAUCGCUGUGGUAACAUCUAUAGCCUUUACAUUGGUCCCAGGCCUGCAGUCAUUAUCAAUGGGCUGCAGGCCUUAAAAGAGGCGCGUACACAAGCUGUGGACUUCUCUGGCAGACCACAAGACCUGAUGGCCCAAUCACGCUGCACAAAUAAAAGGUACUCUCAUGCUCCAGGAGUAGUUUUAGCAGAUUAUAGUCCUGGUUGGACAGAACACAGACGCUUUGGCCUGAUGACCCUGAGAAACUUCGGGCUAGGGAAACAGUCCAUGGAGCAGAGGAUUCUGGGAGAAAUACACCACACUGUAAAAUGUCUGCAGCAAACUGUUGGUAGGCCCACAGACCCCCACCUGCUGUUCCACAACACAACCUCCAACAUCAUAUGCCAAGUUCUGUUUGCCAAGCGGUCUGUUCGCCUUUUUCAUGAGACAUCCAAACUAAUUAACGGGCGCUGGGGUACGAUUUAUGAUUAUCUUCCAAUUGUGCGCUCCUUGCCGCUACCUUUCCAGAAAGCCUCUAAAUAUUUCAGGAGUGCUCAUGAAAGAUAUUUGGAGAUGCUGGAGGAGAACAAAAAGACCAGAGUUCCUGGUAAACCACGUCAUUUCAUGGACUGCUACUUGGAUGAACUGGAUAAGGGUAGAGGAAAUGAUGGCUCAUCAUUUUCUGAAGACCAGCUCUGUGCAUUUAUUUUGGAUCUUCACUAUGCUGGAACUGACACAACUGCAAACACUGUGCUUGCUGCCAUCCUCUACCUGAUGAAUUACCCGGAGGUGCAGGAACGCUGUCAGCGGGAAAAAGUUCUGGAUGGAAAAGAUCAAGCCAGUUUUGAAGAUAGACACCAGAUGCCCUACAUGCAGGCUGUUAUUCAUGAGGUCCAGAGGAUGGCGAACACUGUUCCACUCAACGUCUUCUACCGCACUACUAAAGACACAGAGUUAAUGGGAUACUCCAAUAUAAAGGGAACCAUAGUCAUCCCCAACCUGUCGUCAGUGCUGUUUGAGGAGAGAAAAUGGAAAUCCCCCCGUGAGUUUAACCCUGAAAACUUCCUCAGUGUCAGUGGGGAGUUUGUUAAACCAGAAGCCUUUCUGCCUUUCUCUGCUGGUCCUCGGAUAUGUCUCGGAGAAGGUCUGGCUCGUAUGGAGCUCUUCCUCAUUGUGGUGACUCUGCAGGAGUUUAAGUUCAUCUGGCCUGAAGAUGCAGGAGAAUCAGACUUCACUCCGAUCUGUGGGUUAACAAAGACCCCCAAACCAUACCACAUAAAGAUCCAGCUCAGAGGAACUGACUGA